UUUCAUUAUAAUGGAGAGAUACUUUCAAGUUGAGCUGAAUCAAAACCAGACGCCGAUUAUAGAAGAGUCUAUUACAGAAACGAAUCCUGUUUUCUUUGGAAAUGAGCUUGCUCUCUUGGAUCUUCCUCCUCCCGAUUUGGACCCGGUACCUGCAGCAAUGGAAACACUGAAUAUGAGACCGAGGAAGAAACGUGAUAAACAAGAUGGAAAAGGUAAUUUCAAACAAAGAAAUCGCACAGCUGCAUCAAAACUAGGCUUACGAAUCAACAAGAAAAAACCACAAAGAGUUCCUUCUGGGAAGAAAACUAGAACCAGCAAGCUCAGCAACCCCUCUUCCACCUUUACCGACAACAUCCACCCCUUAUCCAUCCCUCCAGACCCCUAAAAUCCUUUCUCUCCUAAAUUUUCAACC